AUGAUCAUCCCAGUGUGCUGCUUCACCUGCAGGAAGAUCGUAGGCAGCAAAUGGGAAACCUACCUGGGUCUGCUGCAGGUCGGGUACACUAAGGGGGAUGCCCUGGACGCUCUGGGUCUACAGCACUACUGCUGCCGCUGCAUGCUGCUGGUACAUGUGGAUCUGACUGAGAAACUGCUGAAUUAUGCACCCCUAGAGAAGUGA